AUGGACUGGAAGUAUGGGAAGAAUGGUCCAGAUGAAACUUUUGAUGUUAUUCAUGCACGUCAGAUCGGAGGCAGCGUCAGGAACUGGAAGAACUUGCUCUCGCAAUGUUUAAAGCACACGAAACCAGGCGGUUUGCUUGAAAUCCAGGAGCCGGGGGCAUGGAUGAGGUCUGAAGAUGAUACGAUGAGCAAAGAGACGUUAAAGGGCCUGCUUAUUGACGCUGGGUUUGUGGAUGUGCAUGAGGAGGCUAUUAAGGUAUGA